UAUGAAGCAGACGGGUGUGAGUCUCAGGUAUAUGAUGGAGUUUGGGUCCACACCCACCGACAAGAAUUUGCUCAUUUCCGCUCAGUUUCUUCACAAAGAACUUCCAAUUAGGAUUGCCCGGAGGGCUAUUGAGCUCCAGACCCUGCCUUACGCCUUAUCCCAAAAGCCCGCUAUUCUCAAAGUGCGGGAUUGGUAUUUGGACUCUUUUCGUGACCUUAGAUCCUUCCCAGAGAUUAAGGAUAAGAUUAAUGAGUUGGAAUUCACCGAAAUUAUCAAGAUGAUUAAGGUCAGACACAACAAUGUUGUUCCUACAAUGGCUUUGGGAAUCCAACAGUUGAAGAAAAGUCUGGGUCCCAAGGUUGAUUACAAGGAUCUUGAUGAAAUUCACCAGUUUCUGGAUCGCUUUUACAUGUCAAGAAUUGGUAUUCGCAUGCUUAUUGGGCAGCACGUGGCAUUGCAUGAUCGCAACCCUCCUCCUGACUGUGUGGGUUAUAUACAUACAAAAAUGUCUCCUUUAGAGGUAGCACGAAGUGCCAGUGAGGAUGCCCGUUCCAUUUGCUUACGGGAGUAUGGCAGCGCUCCUGACAUUAAUAUCUAUGGAGAUCCUGAUUUUACAUUCCCUUACGUACCGGCACAUUUACAUCUGAUGGUAUUUGAGUUGGUUAAGAACUCCUUGCGUGCAGUCCAAGAGCAGUUUAUGGACUUGGACAAAAUUGCACCUCCUGUUCGAAUAAUUGUUGCUGAUGGAUUAGAGGAUGUUACCAUUAAGGUAUCUGAUGAAGGGGGUGGAAUACCAAGAAGUGGUCUCCCUAAAAUUUUUACAUAUCUCUACAGCACUGCUCAAAACCCUCUCGAUGAGCAGGUAGAUGAACUGGGAACAUCUAAUGUGGCAACAAUGGCUGGUUAUGGAUAUGGGAUUCCAAUAAGCCGCUUGUAUGCUCGAUACUUUGGAGGGGAUCUGCAAAUCAUCUCUAUGGAAGGAUAUGGGACAGAUGCAUAUCUUCAUUUGUCUCGGCUGGGAGAUUCUCAAGAACCCUUGCCUUGAAUAUACUGGUCAUGGCUUCGGCUUCAAAAUUCUUGAAUUCUUCAAAUCAACUCGUGUAAAUACUUGAACAUGGGAAAAUUGACUUCAUUGUUAAAGGAAUUAGUCGCGGCCAAUUCCUUUUUUGGCCACUAAAAUUGCCAUCUUUCUUGUAGUACUUUGCGUAUCUGCUUUGUCAGGUAUUAUAUAUACUCAUUAGCACCCUUGUCAAACACCAUGAAGUAAAAACAAAGGAAAAUUUCACCAUUCACACUGAAGAAGCAAACGACUGUCCAAUAUCAGUUCUUCUAUUGAAUUGACU